AUGUCAGCCUCCACCCGCAUCCCCGUCAUCGCUCAACCCUUCGUCAGCGACCGGGCCAAGCGUACCCUUGACCAAGUCGAACAAUUCGUCGAAAAAGAAUGUAUCCCCUCUGAAGCCAUCUUCCGCGCCCAACUGGGCACCGGCUCCCAACGCUGGUCGACCUACCCAGCCAUCAUGGAGACCUUGAAACAGAAGGCGCGCGAACAAGGUCUCUGGAACAUGUUCCUGCCCAAGAACCACUUCGCGCAGGGAGCCGGGUUCAGCAACCUCGAGUACGGACUGAUGGCAGAGUACCUGGGCAAGAGCACGAUUGCAUCAGAGGCGACGAACAACGCCGCCCCGGACACAGGCAACAUGGAAGUCCUGGCGAAGUACGGCAACGAGCAGCAGAAAAAGCAGUGGUUGGAGCCACUGCUUGAGGGCAAGAUCCGGUCUGCCUUCCUCAUGACGGAGCCGGAGGUCGCGAGCAGUGAUGCUACUAAUAUUCAGUUGGAUAUUAAGAGGGAGGGCGAUGAGUGGGUUUUGAAUGGAUCUAAAUGGUGGUCCUCCGGCGCUGGAGACCCCCGCUGCGCCAUCUACCUGGUAAUGGGCAAGACAGACCCCACGAACCCAGACCCCUACAAGCAACAAUCCGUGAUCCUCGUCCCAGCACACAACACCCCCGGCAUCACCGUCCACCGCAUGCUUACCGUCUACGGGUACGACGACGCGCCGCACGGCCACGGCCACAUCACAUUCAAGAACGUGCGCGUGCCCGUCUCCAACAUCGUCCUCGGCGAAGGCCGCGGCUUCGAAAUCAUCCAAGGCCGACUCGGCCCCGGCCGCAUCCACCACGCCAUGCGCACCAUCGGAGCGGCCGAAAAGGCCCUCGAAUGGAUGAUUGCGCGCAUCAACGACGAACGCAAGAAGCCCUUCGGACAGAGCCUCUCCUCGCACGGCGUGAUUCUGGAGUGGGUAGCCAAGUCACGGAUUGAGAUUGAUGCUGCGCGGUUGAUUGUGUUGAACGCGGCGAUUAAGAUCGAUCAAGGGGAUGCGAAGAGUGCGUUGAAGGAGAUUGCGCAGGCGAAGGUCAUGGUGCCGAGUAUGGCGUGCGGGGUUAUUGAUCGUGCGGUGCAGGCGUAUGGCGCUAUGGGCGUGUGUCAGGAUACGCCGUUGGCGUAUAUGUGGGCUUGGGUGCGGACGUUGAGGAUUGCGGAUGGGCCCGAUGAGGUGCAUUUGUUGCAGAUGGGCAGGAGGGAGAAUAAGAGUCGGAAGGAGGAGGUGAGGAGGAAGUUGAAGUGGCAGGCGGAGGAGACGGAGAAGUUGUUGGGUGUUACUGCUGGUGGAAGGAGUCGGUUGUAA